AUGGAUGCGAAGAUUAAAGAUGGAGUCUUGAGGAUGAUUGUCUCGACAACAAGUGUACUCGCUUUCUCCCUCCUAACACAGGACCAUCCAUUUGUGGUGAAAGGUCGUAAGCGUUUAGACGAUAGUACACAACGAAAAGGUGAUGGAAGUGUUUGCGUUUCAUUCAACUUGCCAGGUGUUUAUGGUGUUGAUAUACUGGUGAUGCCUAAUCAGAAUGAAGUCAAGUUCUACGUUGAGAACAAGGAGGUGUAUGAGCAUGAUGAGAGCUGCCAUAUCUUCAUGGGAGCUGUCAACUGUGCUUACGUUUUUGCUCAUGGAGUCCCACUAUUGAGCCAUGACAUCGCUUGGGAUGCUGAGUUUGGUGUUCUCACG